UUCUAUGAACUCCCUCUCAGCAGCACAGCCUUGGGGGAAAUGGAUAAGCACAGUGAGUGGAGCUGGAGGCGUGAAGACUCCCUUGUGGAGGAAGGACCUGGACGAGCCUGGGACCGAGGAGGCGGAGGCCGAGGUGGAAGUGGAGGCCGCGGAGGAGGCAUCGGAGGAGGAGGACGAGGAGAGGAAUCCAGAGGAAAACGACUCCUUGAGCGAGAGGGAGUGCCUGGAGGAGGAGGGAGAGGAUGAGCGCGACGGGGGCUCGGUGUCCUACAGCCCGCUGCGCCAAGAAUCCAGCAUCCAGCAGGUGGCGCUGCUGCGGCGCGCCGACAGCAUCUGGGGCUGGUUCAGCCCCUUCGCGCUGCUGGGCGGUCUGGCGGCUCCGGACAGGAAGCGCAGCCUCCGGGAGGAGCAGUGUGUGUUGGAGACGCGGCGGCAACGGCCGCGUGGCGGGAGCUGUGCGCGCUGCGAGAUCCUUUUUUGCAAGAAAUGCGGAACCUUGCAUAGCCACCCGGCAUAUGUAGAGCACGGCAUUCUGGAGCACCCGGAUCUGGGUUCCUCUGGUCAAGUGGACAGAGGCAUGGCUUAGAGAAAAUAACCUCCAGGUUCCCUCAGCCCUCUGAGAAAUCUGCUCCUUCUUUUUAAAUCACUGAAUAAAACCUUCAAUCA